AUGGUGGUUGACAUGUCCACUGGUUUUUGUAUUCUGGUCUUUGGUAAAUGGAGGUCAGAGUGGGCGAGGCUUCUUCGGGGCAAGCCAUGGAAGAAGCCUGCGGUUGCACCACUCCCACCAACCCCACCAAGAAUCUACAAAGUUGACCCCAUUAACUUCAGGGAGCUUGUCCAGCGCCUCACCUGCGCGCCGGAGUUUAUGGAGACUCGGUCUCUCCAGAGCGUAGCGCCUCCCACGAUCGAUAUCCGUGUGUCUUCUGUACCAAAUCAUGUCCAUUCUUCACCAGAAAUUGGCUCUCCAUUUUCUGUUAUGUACAAGGACUUGUUGGAUACUUUGGAGCUGAGUCCAAUGCCUCGCCAUCAGAAGGUGCAUGAUAGCACAGUGGACUCAUCAGAGACUGAAUUGGCAGUCCCCGUCUUCCCAUCAUUGGUUUUCCUUCCCUCUGCUCAGCCCAGGGACCCUGUCCAGUAUCACCCUCGAAUAGUAUUUUUGCGAUGAGGCUUAAUGUCAAGGUUUUAGGGACUGGGCGGCCUCUACUAAAUGGGUCAAUAGUAUCAUAAUUUAACCACUUACAGACUUACUAAAGGUUUCGAUGCAAUUGAAAAGUGAUUAUAUUUUUAUUUUUGUAGGUUUUCGAUGUGGGACAUUUCACAUUCUUUUACACUUAAAAUUAGUAACACUUGAAUUGGGAUCACUAAUGGAAAAUCCCAAAGUGAAGUCCCGAGCUAGGGACACCCGCAACCCCGA